AUGCCGUACAAGAUCCCACAACCCUACCUCGUCCCACGCAAGCGAAAGUGUGAGGAGGUCCCCAUUUACGAGGUGUCUGGAGGUGCCAAAAUCGUUGCUCAUUUCACCGUUGACGCGCUCAACCGGCACUAUCGAGACAAACGUGUGCCUCUCGUGCCGGACGUACCGUACCCGAUCCCCAAAGAGACUGGCUAUGUCGGGGUUUUUCAGAGAUGGCUUCACGCGGAGCCCUUGGACCUCACAAAGCAUGUUGCCUGGUUCUGGAAUGCGCUCUUGUACACGGGAGAUGAGAUCCGCGAAAACUGCAGGAAGGGAGACCCGGCCGCUCUGCGUCCGCAGAUCGAGGAGUUCGUCCAGCAUGCCGACCGAGUCUAUCAAGACAUCAUGACUGAAUCAGCGUGCUCGCCCGUCCGGAACUAUAUGCGGAAGAUGCCCCUAGAGAGAGCGUACCCUGUCUAUCGCCAGGUCAUCCUGGACAUGAUCCCAUCACCACCACCACAACCACCACCACCAUCGCUGUCGUCGGCACCGCUACUAUUGCUAGACGCUCAGCAUGACAACUGCCCUGCAAGCCCUGUUACCCCUGCGACACCGAUGACCCGCCGUCCCCAAGGCCUUGGGAAGCUCAGACUCUACAUCUCGGUCACGGUGACAAUCCUCGCAGUGGCCCUCAAGGUUUUAUUUGUCGUUGCCAUUCUCUGCGUAAUUUCCGUCUAUCUCGUGUCCGUGGCUCUCUAUGCGCUCGGAUUCCACACGAUUCGCUCUCCCCUUGGUCUUUGCGUCGUGAUUUUGCCUCUGUUGUGGGUGUCUGGGCGAGCGAGAUGA